UUGAUCUACAUGACUAUAAUCUCUGCUAAUCUUGUCAUUGUUCUGUCAGUCUGCCUGGAGAACUCUCUGCAUCAGCCCAUGUAUAUUUUCAUCUGCUCUCUGUGUUUAAACUCUCUGUACGGCUCGACCGGCUUCUUCCCCAGGUUCCUGAUGGACCUUCUGUCCGACACUCAUUUCAUCUCACGUCCGCUCUGUUUCACUGAGAUGUAUGUUAUUCACACUUACAAAGCGCAUGAAGUGAAUGUUCUAACAGUCAUGGCUUAUGACAGGUUUGUUGCUAUUUGCCAGCCUUUACACUAUCACAGUAAAAUGACAUUUAGGACAGUGCUGCUGCUUUUGAUUUUUGCUGUACUGUAUCCUGUGUGUGUUUUCGGCUACUGUUUUCUGUCCACCAGUUUACCUUUAUGUGGAGAUAAACUGCAGAGGAUUUUUUGCACCAUCUGGUCUAUAGUUGAGCUCUCCUGUGUGGACACAGUUGUGCUCAACAUAGUCGGUCAGUUUGUUGCUGUGACAUCAGUCUUCAUCCCUCUGUCUUUUGUCCUGUACACCUACCUGCACAUUCUGCUUGUCUGCAGGAGAAGUUCAUCUGAAUUCAGAGGAAAGGCCUUACAGACCUGUCUGCCCCACAUAGUGACCUUUGUGAACUUUUGCAUCUCAGUUCUCUGUGAGGUUUCACUGAGUCAGUAUAAGACUGAUGAAGCAAAGCCAGUUGUCAUUGUUGUUUUAUCGCUGGAGUUUAUAAUCAUUCCUCCCAUCAGUAACCCUCUGGUUUAUGGUCUGAACCUGCCUCAGAUCAGAACAGUGAUUUCUGGAUAUCUAAGGGUAGAAAAACUGAUUGGUUCUACAUCAUUCAAAGACUCAACAAGCACAGAAAAAAGUUAA